UUUUCGAUGUGAAAUCUUUUCCAACAAAAACAUUCGAAUUAUCGUGCAAGAUUUAUUUAUUUAUCCAAAUACGACAAAAAGAAGCAUAUAAUAACAGCAACAUAAACAAGAAAAACAGCUACAUUCAACACAUUUUGAGAAUUAAUAUUCGGUGACCGAUUAAUGCCAUUUUACGUGGUGUCAAGUCACAACACACAAAUUACAAAAUUACUGAUGAUGGUGAUGGAUCCAAAUUCAGUCAACGAACAAACGGGCGUUCACCAAGUUGUAAAAAAUUGAUGUGAAUAAAAUAACAAGCAAGCAUAUUUGGAACACGUACACAUUUGUAGACAGAGAGUUCAAAUGCACAUCGAAGGGUUUCACACAUAAAAUUUUCUUCGUCGUCGUCGUCAUUGGUUGGAUAGACACACAUGGAAAAAAUUAAUCGAUUCAAAUCAAAUCAUGAAGAAACCUUGAUGCUUUUUUCUCCCAUCACAAUGCUUGAUUGGCAAACAUUUACGUUUUUUAUAUAUUUUGAUUCAUUGUUUCAACAACAACAAUAUUCGUGCAUCACAUGUAAACAAGUUGAACGAACAACAACAGCGAAAAAAUUUAAAUCAAAAUGGAAUCACAAAUCUGUUGAAUGAAUCUCAUGAACUAUAUUGAUUAAUUGGAACGCAGAUCUCAAUCACAUCUUGGUUUUGUGUGUGUGUGUGUGUGUUUCAUUUAUCCAUUCAUCGUUAAACACACACACAUAAACAGUAGUAGUAUUGGACUUUUGUAUUUAAAGUAAAAUUUAAACGGCACCAUUUUCAACAAACAACAGCAGCAAGCAUUUGCUUUAAAUGGCAAUGAAAAAAUGAAGGAAAAUUCCAACGACAUGACAAUAAACAAUGGCGAGUCGCGAAAAAAAAGUCCAUCCAUUGUCACCAUCAUCAACUAGAUUUAGAUUUAGAGAAAAGUCAAAAGAACCUAAUUUGGCCGUGUAAAACGAAUGACGAUGUCGAUUUUCGAAAAGUUUUUCCUUUUCAUUUCAUUACAUUCACUUCUUAUCUAUUGAAAAUCGUCGAAAAAAAAACAAAAUGAAAUUCGAUCCAUCUUUCAUGUUUAUCAUAAAAAAAAUUGGUGAUGGAGAUGUAACAAUAAGCCAAUGAUUUGAUAAGAAAAAUCAAAUUUAUCAAUCAAUUUUGCCUUGAUAAUAUUGUUGUAUUGAAUCCAAUGGACCAGACACCAUAUAAACACACACACACACCAAAAAUUUCAAUGAAUAAACCAUAAACCAAAUAGAUCGGAUUGAAUGUUUCUCCUCAAAACACGCACCAUAAAUCGGCAUCACCAUCAUCAGUUAUGAUCAUUGAUUUGAUUGAAAUUAUUUUUCAACUCAUUCGUUUUUUCUUAUCAUUUGAAUGUCGAUAUUGUUGAAUCCAAUAAUUUUAAAAUGGAAAAUGGUGUCAAAUGUAAUGAGGAUGCCAAUGAGAAAAUAUUGGCCACCGAUCAGGCGAUCAUUUCAUGCCAUACCUGUUGCUAUCCUCGUCAUUGUCAUUUGGAUGCAAACACCAUUUUUGUCUGUAAUCAAACCAUGUUUGGCUGAAAAUGUUUCCGAUAAUGGCCUUUCACAUUCAUUAUCCAACAAUAAUGGUGUUAAUGACAAGAAUCCAUUUUGGUCAACGUCAACAAUCAGACAUGAAAUUGAUUAUAUGAUGAUCUCAACGGAUAAUGAUGAAUCAUGUACAUCGGAUGAUGGUGAUUUGGGAUCAUCAACGGCUACUACAAUCAUGAAUCAACCGGUAGCUUCAAACUAUAAAGAUAUUGAAUUGGAAAUGUCAACAUUAGCGGCAACCACUUCUACUUGGACAUCGACAACAACGAUGAGACCCAAAACUUUGGAAAUGGUUCGAAAAAAAGUAAAAAAUGGUACCCAUUAUCAAAUCGGUAUGAUCAAUAACAUGUCAGAUAUUGUCAAAUUGGUUCGAUUUGUAUUGUUACGUGGACAUAUCGUUCUGGAUGCAUCACAUCGUGUUCUAGUCAAGAAUGAAUCACGUAUCGAUCGUUUAAUGGACUAUCUACAUGAUAUUCAAUUACGUCGUGGUAAAUAUCGUAUCUUGCCAAUGGAAGAUCGUGAUCUAGCUUGUCAAUAUAUAGCGGAUACAAAAUUGCAUAUAAAAAAAUUAUGUCGAGCCGCUACAUUUGAUUGUCUUUCCGCUAGUGAAUUGAUACAAAUGUUACCAUCAUCCACAAAGACAUUCCAUCAAGCAAUCACACGUUUAUGUCCAUUAUUAUUGUUUCGACAAUCUCGGCCAAUUUGCGUAUCGGAUGUAAAAAAAUUAUUGGAUGCUGCAAAUUCCAAUAAAAAAAUACAAUUAGUUGAACCAAGUAUUGAACGUGUAUGGAUAUUCGGUGUGCUGUUUGUCACCAUUUCGAUUCUAGUAUCAAUGGGUGGUUUGAUCCUAUUACCAGUGGUAAAAAAAUCAUCCCGAAUGACAAUAUUGACAUUUUUCGAAGGUUUAGCUGUUGGUGGUCUUUGUGGAAGUGCCAUUCUGCAUCUAUUUCCAGAAGCAUUUGAUAUCGUGGAUGAAAAAUAUCGUACAUAUUUCUGGAAUACAACCUGUAUAUUUUGUGGCAUCUAUUUUUCUUAUUGUAUUGAAAUUCUGAUUAAAAUUCUUAAAACUCAUUAUGGACGUAAUCGUAGGAAACGUGUACCGUCCGUUAUAUUUCGCGAUGAUGAUGUUAACAUUGAAAAUCUACGCUAUUCACCUGCUGCUGCCACCACCAACAAUCCAAUUCGUUUGCCAACACCAGAUCCAUAUAAUAAUGAUGAUGAUGAUGAUGAUGAAAUCAGUGAUCCAGAAGAUUAUCAAAGUGAACAGGAAUUGGAUUUUAAUUUUGAUGAUCAUCAACCAAAAAUAGUGAUGGAAUCGACGACAACAUCAUCAUCGAAUAAUGGUAGUCAGAAUAAAAUGGCCCUUACAAAUUCAACACGUGAUCAAUUGGUUCAAUGUUUAUCGACAGUGAAUGUGAUAGCACCACCAUCAUUGUUGAUUACCCCGAGACAAACACCACCAACGAUACGUCGUUCAUCUAAAGAACGUAUGGUACGUAGUGUUGCAUUACGACGGCAAGAUCAUGAAACAUCAACAAUCGUUAUUGAUACUGUAGCUUGGAUGAUUGUACUUGGUGAUGCAUUAUUGAAUUUUAUUGAUGGCCUUUCUAUUGGUGCUGCAUUUGAUCGAAAUAUUCUGGCCGGUAUGAGUAUAUCGGUGGCCGUAAUGUUGGAAGAGGUAACCCAUCGUCUUGGUACAUUUGCCGUACUUAUACGUGCUGGAAUGUCGAUGAAACAAAGUUUUUUCUAUAUUUUUCUAUCGGCAUGUAGCUGCUAUCCAGGAUUAGCAUUAGGUAUUGUAUUGGGCGAUGAAGCUGAAGAUGCUAGUCCCUAUAUUUUUGCAUUAUCAGGUGGAUUCUUUCUAUACAUGGCCCUCGUCGAUGUAAUGAAAGCAAUGACCAGAACAAUGGAAAAUGCAUCUAGAAAAAAUCUUCGUUCAUUAUUGCGGAUAUUAGCAUUACAGAAUAUUGGUAUAGUCAUUUCAGCAAUAUCAUUGGCAUUAUUGGCAUUCUAUGAAAAAGAGAUGGAUUUCGAAGUACAAGAAAUGGAUGAAAUACGUAAAAAUUCUUUCGUGUAAACAUAAUUACACCAAAUCAAAUGAAAUGAAAAAAACCGACGAAAAAGGAUUAAUGAAAAAAUCAUU